UUCGACCAGAAGGAAGUGGAAGCGAAAUUUACCGUCAAGAAAAAAGGAUCACAAAUAGAAAACCACAAAAAUGUAUCAAAUGUCUCGAGAUGGUCCCGGUCCAGCUGGGUACGGCCUCCCGUCGACCAUCGGCUACGACGGCCACGACCCGCGAAAGCUGCGCAAACCGAUGUACACCAUGAAGAAACGUCCAACGACGCGGUACGAUACGACCGGACCUGGUCCCGCAUUAUACCACCCGGGCCGGAAAACUCAGCACGGAAAUCCGUACUCGCCGGCGUUUAAGAUGGGCUACCGGUUCAAUACGUUCUCCGAUGACGUCAAACCGGGUCCCGGCGCGUACAACGUGGAGGUCGUUCCGGAUCGAUGCCUCAGGGGAAAACGGGCCGCAACGUACGUCAUUGGAAAGCGACUGCCGGAACCUGCGCGCGAGUUGAUUCCGGGACCCAACGUGUACGCGUUCCCUCCAAACACGUGCAAGGUGCGCAAUCCAACGUACCAAAUCGGCAAAAAGUUUACCACACCGUACGCCCUCGAGGGUCCCGGACCGGCUGCGUACGGGGUCACGAGUCGGAACAUCACCCACAAGCGCAACCCGAUUUACUCCAUGGGUGCGGGUCGGUCGAUGCCGAUUACGGACUAUACGGGCCCGGGACCGGCGGAUUAUAGCUUGAUGAACCAGAAGCCGGGCGCUUCUGGUCCGAAGUGGGCCUUUGGAGUGAAGCAUUCGAUGUGGAGGCCACCGAUGAUCAUUCCGGGGGAUAAUUGUUGAGCAAUAAAUGUGACCUUUUAGAUUUUUUUUGGCUUUGAU